ACAACUCUCUCAGACUCUCUUGUAAUAGACGCAUGUCCCCAUCGACUAGAAUAUCGAAUCUGGAGAAGAAAAGAGAAGAAGAGGCAAGUCUAUUUACACGAAGAAGUCCUAUAUGGCUGUGUAUCGUCUCGCUAAGUAGCUUGUUUGUCUUGAUUGCUUCCAUGAUAUUGUUUGCCGUGUUGAUGAUGUUUGCUGAUGUAGGCGCUGAACUGAGCCGUUACAAUGCCCUAGAAGCUCCCGUGUCGUUCUCCUUUCCUUUGGUAGCGAAGCAAGCACCAUUUUCACGAAGGACAGAAAAUACUCCUUCUCCUUGUCUUCUACGGCCGGGAGCACAUACGUAAAGCUGUGAUUCGGGGUCAGAUUAUCAUAUAUGGAUAUGCCUGAAACAACAUCAGCAAACUCGUGGCUCUGUUCUAUACAAAGUGCUUCUGAUACCAUUUUGGUCGAAAGAUGGACCACCGAAAUACUGCUCGGAGGUCUUGCAGAUACUACCAUUCUCGAUUGAGAUAGGAUCAUGCCACCUUUGACUCAACAUCGCUUUGAUCUCACAACCAGCUCUGUGGCGGUAGUCCAAGUAGGACUAUCAUCUCUACGGUGC